AAUGUUAAAGACACUUUUAGUCUGUCUCUUCGUUGGACAGAUUGUCGCCUCACCCUAUCAUCGGUCGAAGAGAGCGACAUGUACUACAAAUACUGAUUGUAGUGGUUAUGGAACAUGUAACGGUGGAUCUUGUACGUGUGAUAUGGGCUACACCGGUGAUAAAUGUGAAAAUCAAUGCUUUCCUGCGGAUAUCGUCUUUGUUUUGGAUGAAUCUGGUUCGGUAACCGAACCUAACUGGAUAAAGCAAUUGGAGUUCACUAAUGAACUUGUUGAUAUGUUCCCAAUUGCUUCCGACAAAGUUAGAAUUGGAUAUGUUACCUACUCAAGCAAAGUCAACAAAGUUCGUCAUUUGAAGGACACACCAACAAAGGCUGAAAUCAAGCAAAUUAUUUCGCAACUUUCUUACGCAAAAGGAGGUACAAACACUCCCGCUGCUGUUUUCAGUGCAGCCACCACAUCUUUCUCCAAAGGAAAUGGUGACCGAAUUGAAACACCAGCUGUUCCUAAUAUCAUGAUUAUUAUGACUGACGGAAAAACUUCCUCACAAUACAAACCUGAUUUCGAUUUGAACGCAGCAUUGCUCAGGAGUAAGAAAGAUAUCGAAGUUUUCGCUAUUGGUAUUUCGGCCGGAGUUGAUGAACAAGAAAUUGAAGCUCUUGCAUCCUUGCCAGUUGAUGAACAUAAAUUCAUUGUAAACGAUUUCUCCGCUUUAAACACUAUCAAGCAGAAAAUUUUGAAUGCCAUCUGCAAGAGUACUGCUGCAAAAGCCAGUCCCUGUGACAAAAACCCUUGCCAUGAUCCUGGUACUACUAAAUGCGUUAAUGGUGGAAAUGGAGCCUAUACUUGCGAAUGCAAAGUUGGUUACGUAGGAAAGCAUUGUGAAACUAGAUGUGGAGUUGCCGAUAUCGCUUGGAUCAUUGACAGCAGUGGCUCAAUUGGAAAGGACAACUAUGUUAAACAAAUGAAAUUUAUCCGCGAUUUCUGUGAUAAACUCGAUAUUUCACCAACUGCCAGUCAAGUUGCCGCCGUUUCUUUCGGUCUUACUGCUAGAUUGGAUUUUGAUUUCAAACAACACCAAGACAAAGCUUCGCUUUUAACAGCCAUCGAUGGAAUUUCAUACAUGCAAAGUUAUACCAAUACUUCUGGAGGUAUCAGGAGAGCUAUUGAAAAAGUUUUCACCCCAGCUGGUGGAGACAGACUUGAUAAGCCAAACAUUGCUAUCGUUAUCACUGAUGGAGAAUCAAACAAAGACAAGGAUGAUACCAUUCCAGCUGCCAAGUUAUUGCAUAAACACACAACUUUGGGUGUUUCUACAUUUUGUGUCGCUGUCGGAUCAGGUGUUAAACAAUCUGAAGUAAAAGGUAUUGCUAGCGAUCCUGAUUCAGAAUUUGUCAUUGAAAUAAAAAAUUAUAAUGAAAUUAACCAACAUCUCACAAAAAUAUUGGAAGGAACCUGUAAAACAUCAGAUGCUGACCAUUGUCUCAGCGGACCAUGUCAAAAUGGAGGCAGCUGCACAAAAAUCAGUAACGGUUAUAAAUGUACCUGCAAAGCAGGAUGGACUGGAAAUAACUGUCAAACCAACAUAGACGAUUGUAAACCCAACCCAUGUUUGAACGGAGGAGUCUGCGUAGAUGGAGUUAACUCUUACACUUGUAAUUGUGUUAAUGGAUGGUCCGGACCUACCUGUGAUAUACCAAAAGAUUUCUGCAAACCAACCAACCCAUGCGUACAUGGAACUUGCUCUAGCCAGGCCAGCGGAUACACAUGUACCUGUAACCAAGGAUAUCAAGGAACUAAUUGUGAUGUUCUCAUUGAUCACUGUAAACCAACCAACCCAUGUGUACAUGGAACUUGCGCCAGUUCCGUAAGUGGAUUCACUUGUACCUGCAACCAAGGAUACCAAGGAACCAAAUGUGAUGUUCUCAUUGAUAACUGCAAACCAACCAAUCCAUGCCAGAAUGGCGGAGCUUGUACUUCAACUAUUUCUGGUUACACUUGUGCUUGUGUCAACGGAUACACUGGAAACCAAUGCCAAACUGCUCCUGCAAAUGACUGUGGAAAAGUUGAUAUCUGCUUCGUUAUCGAUAGCAGUGCUUCAAUUGGCUCCAACUGGGGUAAACAAUUGGACUUUAUCGCUGACUUCAGCAAAAAAUUCACUAUUGGCGAUAAAGCCAGAAUUGGUGCUGUCACUUACAGUUCAACUGCUGAAAUAAGCUUCCCCAUCGACGGUGCUGGAUCUGCUUCAACUAAUGCUGAAUUCGAGACAAAAGUAAAGGCCAUCACCCACAUGAGAAAGGGUACAUAUACUCACGAAGGUUUGGGAUUGGCACCUGAUUGUGGCUGGAGAACUGCAGCUGGAAUUAAGAAACUCGCCAUUGUUGUCACUGAUGGAAAAUCAAUUAAACCAACUGAAACUGCAACUAUUGCCAAUUCAGUUAGAAGUAACUACAAUAUUGAAAUUCACGCUGUUGGAAUAGCAAAUGCCGAUGCUGCUGAAUUGGAAGCUAUUGCUGGAAUUGGAAAAACUAAUGCCGGAAAAGUUUACACUGCCCCAGAUUUUGAUAGUUUAGGAAACGUUGCUAAUGAAUUGGCUCAAGGAACUUGUGGUACUGGUGGUGGAACUCCCAACCAAGGUUGCGCAAAGGCUGAUAUACUCUUUGUUGUCGACUCCAGUGCUUCUGUUAGUUUAACUAACUGGGGCCUUCAAGUUCAAUUCAUCAUCGACUUGGUUAAGGAUUUCACCAUUGGUGAUGACAAGACCAAAUUCGGUAUGGUAACUUUCAGUUCUGCAGCCGAAAUCAGUUUCCCAGUGUCUGGAGCUAGUUCACCUCAAAGUCAACAAGAUUUCGAAACCAAAAUCAAAGCUGUAACUCACAUGAGGAAAGGAACUAACACCGAUGUUGGUUUGGAUUUGGUAAACACUGCUGGAAUAACUUGGAGACCAGCUGAUCCAUCCAUCAGAAGAAUGGUUAUUGUCAUCACCGAUGGUCAAUCCAAAUACCCAGAUAAAACUAAAAUAUCUGCCGAUGCUUUAAGACAAGCUGGUAUUGAAGUUCAUGCUGUCGGUAUCAAAAAUUACGUAAAAGCUGAAUUGGAUGCCAUCUCCGGUUUGGGACAAGCCAAAGCUGGAUCUACCUUCACCGCACCUGAUUUUACUGACUUGACAUCGAUUAUCAGCAAAAUUAAAUCAGGCGUUUGCACAGUUCAAGAUCCAUGCUCUCCAAAUCCAUGUAUGAACAGCGGAGCAUGCAGUUCAAAUGGAAACACUUUCACUUGCACAUGUACAGGAGGUUAUACCGGAGCUACCUGCGCCACUCCACCAAAUCCUUGCUCUUUCACACCUUGCAAAAAUGGCGGACAAUGUACAUCCAGUGGCAAUUCCUUCACUUGUACCUGUGUCAACUCUUAUCAUGGAGCAACAUGCCAAAACGCUCCUGGAUGCAAUUCAAACCCAUGUCAAAAUGGUGGUCAAUGUACUAAUGGAGUCAAUGGUGCUUAUUCAUGUGCCUGCAUCAAUGGAUAUACCGGAAAUAACUGUCAAACUCCUCCAGCAAAUCCAUGUUCACCAAACCCAUGUCAGAAUGGAGGACAAUGUGCCGCCAAUGGCAACGGUCACACUUGUACUUGUGUAAAUUCAUACUGGGGAACCAACUGCGGAAACGCUCCUGGAUGCAAUUCAAACCCAUGUCAAAAUGGUGGUCAAUGUACUAAUGGAGUCAAUGGUGCUUAUUCAUGUGCCUGCAUCAAUGGAUAUACCGGAAAUAACUGUCAAACUCCUCCAGCAAAUCCAUGUUCACCAAACCCAUGUCAGAAUGGAGGACAAUGUACCGCCAAUGGCAACGGUCACACUUGUACUUGUGUAAAUUCAUAUUGGGGAACUAACUGCGGAAACGCUCCUGGAUGCAAUUCAAACCCAUGUCAAAAUGGUGGUCAAUGUACUAAUGGAGUCAAUGGUGCUUAUUCAUGUGCAUGCAUCAAUGGAUUCACUGGAAACAACUGUCAAACUCCACCAAAUCCAUGUGCACCAAACCCAUGUCAGAAUGGAGGACAAUGUGCCGCCAAUGGCAACAGUCACACUUGUACUUGUGUAAAUUCAUACUGGGGAACCAACUGCGGAAACGCUCCUGGAUGCAAUUCAAACCCAUGUCAAAAUGGUGGUCAAUGUACUAAUGGAGUCAAUGGUGCUUAUUCAUGUGCAUGCAUCAAUGGAUUCACUGGAAACAACUGUCAAACUCCACCAAAUCCAUGUGCACCAAACCCAUGUCAGAAUGGAGGACAAUGUACCGCCAAUGGUAACAGUCACACUUGUACUUGUGUAAAUUCAUUCUGGGGAACCAACUGCGGAAACGCUCCUGGAUGCAAUUCAAACCCAUGUCAAAAUGGUGGUCAAUGUACUAAUGGAGUCAAUGGUGCUUAUUCAUGUACCUGCACCAGUGGAUUCACUGGAAAUAACUGUCAAACUGCCUCUAGAAACGAACAGGGCUGUGGUGUGUGUUCUGGUGCCGGAUGUGUUACUGGAGCAAUGGAUGCUGACGCCGUAUAUGGUACCAAUGGAGGAUCUAUCAAAGAUUGUCCUGCUUGUUACACUAAAAAGAAUAAGGACGGUAGCUUCCAAAGAGGAUGUGUUAGUGAUAUCCCAGCAGAAUGGACAACAGCCCUUCAAGUCAGCACAAGCGAUAUCCCUGAUGCUGGAGGAUCAGUCUGCUAUCCAAUGAAUGAGGCUGGUGGUUCCGAAGUCUGUUUGUGUAAAGGAAACAACUGCAACAUGCAGUCAUUUAACGACGUUGGAGGAGGUCAUAAUUACUUCGAGGAGGAAAUCACUUGUAAAUGUGCUAGUUGUCCAAGCAAUCCUUCAGCCGACAACCCAUUCAAGUGCUACAAAGAUGGUUUCAUUCCAAAAUGCGACUGUCAAAACUGCGAUUGCUUGAAUGCUAAACGUAGAAAGAGAUGGGCUUCUUGGCUCUGGUAA